AUGUCACUUGGUGAUCCAGUAACAAUUGUUAUCGGUAUAAUAAUACUCAAUAUAUUUAUCUAUAAGUAUUUGGAUGCUCAAAACCAAUUAUUAACAAUAAGAACUAAACUUGUUAUCGGAAUGUGUUUUGCAAUAAUAACUAUGUUGAUUGCUGGUACAGUCGAAAAAUUUCGACGAGAUCAAUGUGAUCCGAAUACCAACGAAUCUACUUUAUCGAUAUAUUUUCAAUUAUUACAAUAUAUAUUUCUGGGUUUUUCUGAAUUAUUUGCUACAGUUGCUACCUAUGAAUUUGCCUAUUUUGCUGCUCCGCGUUCAGCACAAUCACUUUUCAUGAGUCUUCGUUUCUGUUCAUUAGGUAUAUCAUCAUUUAUUGGUACAGCAUAUAUCACUGCUUUUCCAACAACUUCAUUUAUUAUGGAUUUUAGUGUGAGUAUGAAAAUCGAACAAAUGUUUUUUAUUCUCGUACGUUAUUUUUAA